CGGCAUUCUCACGGCAUGCCUCGAAAACAUAAGUCUCAUGGUUCACCAGCGACUCCCUCGUCAAUUUCGUCAUCGUCAUCGUCCACCAAUAGAGGGAGCCCCAAUCGGAGUAUUGCUGAGGUGUCGAGAAUAAAAUCAGAAGUCCCUGGUUCGAUCCCUUGUUCAUCCAUUUAGUUCACGACUACACUCGAACCUCACGCCUCCGCCUUGAGUAAAGCUCUGGGCAUCAUCCUUACGAAGAGGUGGCUUCUGCUGCCCAAUGAUUCUAUUGGAGAAGCAACUCUGGUCGAUGCCACUCAGCCGGUCCUUCGAAAACACUGCCAAACCGUAGGAUGGCUCACCGCAGAUCUGACCAAGCGAGCUGAACAGAUGCUGCUGGAUAUGCGGUCAGCGUUGGUGGAGUUCCGACAGAAGCAUGAGAGAGAUCUUGGAAGGAUAAUUAGGCAUCUCGAUGGUAUCGCAACUACCGCAUCCUACAGUGACGAAGGGUUCGGUCCGGAGGCCCUUGAGGGCAUCAAAGCCGCGAGUCAGUGUUCAGCUGAGAUGAUACGCUCAGUGAAUGCAUUACUGGAUCAGCUUGCAGCUAUUGAUAUUGGUCCGGCGCGCCUGAAGGACGAAGCUUCUAUAAACGCCUUGGUCACCGGGCUGGCUUUGUCGCUUCCAACGGCGGAUGUGCGCGUGCGUGCAAAUACUGAUGAUACCAGUGAAUGAGGAUGAGAAGUAUCUUAGCGGUG